AUGGACCCCGUCUUAAAGCCAUGCAAGCAUGCCUUCUCAAGAGGUUGCGAGACGCUCGAGAGAUACCUCAACAAUGCCGAGACAUUCUCCCCGUUUAGGCUUGGCUGGAUUACGGCGAGCCUUAACAAGAACGCGAAAGAUGCAGAGUGGAAUUACACUGUACCGAUUGAUCCUGAUGUAUACCUGAUUGUCGGUAUUUUCAUCCAGUCCGUCGGCGACGUAAUCGAGCACACGGUGCGCUCUCUCGCUCCGUUCUACGCACUAUCAAAAGGCUUCCAGCCCCCAGAGGUGCUAUGGGCAGACUACACAAGCGGGAUCCCCGUCUGGGAGGUGGCUGUGGCGUGGUGGAACGGGCACUACCUACUCUGCUACGCGCUGUGCGCCUCCCUCGCGACGACCGUCUUCACCAUCUUCCUCGGCUCGCUGCAGCUCUCUGCGUCCGCGUACGGCUCGACCUCGUUCGAGACGGACCCCGCGGCGGCUACGGCUUCGACGCUGCUCAUCGCGUUUGUGCUCGCCGUGCACUUGGCGCUGGGGUAUCAGUUCAGCUGGCGCAGGCGCGGAUUCCUCCCCCGGGCGCCGGCUUCCCUGGGGGCGGUCAUCCCGUAUGUGUUCUUCUCGAAGGGACUGAGGGCGGAUUUGCGGCGCGUGGAGGGGAUGGGAAGCAGUAGGGCGCAGAUACAGGAGCUACGACAUCUAGACAGGCGGUAUGGGCUUGGAGAGUUUGAGCAUGAUGGUCAAUCAUACUUUGGCGUUGAGAGGCAUAGCAGUGAGCUUAGCGCUGUGCGGUUAUUAUAUGAGCGACCUGGAGAUGCCAAUGGCACCGCGGAAGCCCAUCCGUAA